AUGAGACCUUCCAGUCGUACAUGUUCUGGCACCAACUCAGCAAUUGAUGGCACUCCGAUGCAAGGCCUCACGAAUGGUGCCACUGCUGUGGGCUUUAACGUCGGCUAUGUUGCGCUCAACUUCACGAUCGAUUGUACUACUGGUUACUUUGCUGCAAGCUCUACUGCAUCCUAUGGCAGAUUCACCCAAGGUAAGAGUUUGGAUACGCAACUCGGCACACCAGCAGUCAACGCCUCCCAGUCUUGUUAUGCAUUCGCUGGUAUGCUUUCGAUCACUCCUAAUAUUAACUUUGUCAACGAUUAUGCUUUGCGCGGAUUCAGCCAGCCUGGUGUGACAUUUUACAUGGGCAAACAAUUCCUUGUCGGUCAUGAUCUUUUCUUGAACUAUCCUACUGGUCUACCUGACGGUGUGCGAUGCGAUAUACAGGUCAAGGCUACCGAGCAUGAUACUUUGAGCUACGUGCGCUACUACAGCACCAGUCCUGCUUUCGUGUCUUCCAACACAACCACUUCUGCAAGCUGCAACGGAACCGGCACACUCAAUCUUGGCUUCAACAAAGUCAAACUACUGGCCGCUUAUGAUCCCACCGAUGUUGGUGCAGAUUUGACCUGUGGAUUCAAGCAAGCUGGAGACACUUUCCACUCAGUUACGCUACAGCCUUAUUGUUCCUUGUUGCUGUCAUACAGUACACCAACAACGACCUCGACUCAAGUCAUCAGCACGACCACAACUUCGACAAUCACUGUCAACUAUGGUAGGCGCAGAAGAAGCAUUAUUACGGCUGCUCCUAUGGCUGCAGAAGAGCCUCUGAGACGUCGAGAGCCUAAUGCGUCCGUUGCUGCUUCGACCAUGACGCCGAGCGCGGUCAAUGGCGAGCCGAGCGUUCUUGCCAGAUUUUCAUCCCAGGAUGUGACUAAUGCAUGUAGUUUCGAGGCUACACCCGUUACCACCACCAUAACCGAGGUCACAUCAACAACGACGACACUCACAGCUUACGCAACGGCAACAAAUCUUCCAAACCCUUUCCUCCUCUCCACUAUGCCCUUCUUCGUCGACAAUUCUGGCACUCUUCGUUCGUGGCAAAAUUCCUCUCUGACCCUUGUUGACCACUAUGAGCCCAAUUCUGGCACGGUGGACAACGCCUUCUUCUGGAUCCUUCGAGUAAUCCAACAGCAAACAUCAACAGAUUUCGACACGAUGUGCUUCGGCGGACGUACAACCUUUGUGUGCCAGAUGUCCAUGUGCCAGAACAAGCACUGGGAAACCAGGUGGUACACUUUCGGCGCUGAUGCUGACAAGUGCGUAAUGAGUGAACCCGUUGGCCCAUGCUCCGACCCGUGGAUGGUUUACCACGAGGAGGAGAAGCACUGCACAGCAUGCCUGAUCAGAUUCAACACCGAUUCACCACCUCCACCACUCGUCCCCGGGACAUUCCAUCCCGAAGAUCACGCUCGCGCACAGCCUCACCUUAUGGACUACGAACAGCGCGAGGCGUUUACUGUUAAGACUACAGGUGAGUUGACCGGCCCCAUGAUCGUCGCUCGUGAGUCAGAUCGCCAGCUUCCUGAUAGUGACAUGUAG